UAAUUCAAUUCGUACUAAAGGACAACCACAGAGUUUAGAGAGAGAUCGAAAUUCGUAGCUCCACGAACUCUCUGGGAAGAUCGUAACUCUUGAGAUCCAGACGACAUCGUCCCAGAUCCGAAUACGACAAUGUCUUCAACCUUCAGCGGCGAUGAAACGGCACCGUUCUUCGGCUUCCUCGGAGCCGCUGCGGCCCUCGUUUUCUCCUGUAUGGGAGCUGCCUAUGGCACAGCAAAGAGUGGUGUUGGUGUGGCAUCUAUGGGAGUAAUGAGGCCCGAGCUGGUCAUGAAGUCCAUUGUUCCAGUUGUUAUGGCUGGAGUUUUGGGUAUUUAUGGUCUUAUCAUUGCUGUUAUCAUCAGUACAGGGAUUAACCCAAAGGCAAAAUCAUACUACCUUUUUGAUGGUUAUGCUCAUCUUUCCUCUGGUCUUGCUUGUGGUCUUGCUGGGCUUUCAGCUGGAAUGGCCAUUGGUAUUGUUGGUGAUGCUGGUGUUAGAGCUAAUGCACAGCAGCCAAAACUUUUCGUUGGUAUGAUUCUCAUUCUCAUCUUUGCUGAAGCUCUUGCCCUGUACGGUCUUAUCGUUGGCAUUAUCUUGUCUUCCCGUGCUGGCCAGUCCAGAGCCGAAUGAGAAGCGGCCAUUGCAGCUAAAUAUUCUUUUAUCGCUUAUUAUGUUACUUCAAGGUUGGGUGGAAGCAUUUAAUUUUUUUCUUGCCAUUAUCGGUUAGUGAAGAUGAUAAUCGCUGGAUAAACGUUGCAGGAUCCCCUAAAAUUAUAUUUGUGGUAGUAACUGCCCUUCCAGUCACAUGGUGUUGUUUUGCUUUUAGAAGUAAGAUUGAGUUUCUUGACCGAAUAAAAAGCUUUUGAAGCUGAACCCCCUUGCAUUAUAUUAUCAGUCUUUGUGUAUUUUUGUUAGACACCGUUGAACAACCGGUAUAGUAUUUAUAAUUAUGGAGGUAGUAGUGCAUGUACCAUGUUAUAUUCAUUGAAUACUUUUAUCGAAUCCCAAACUCUGCAUUAUGUGCU